AUGCAGCGCGGCCCCUACUCCAACAUGGGCCCGGCUCAAUCGCCUCCCCUCCACCAUCCUGUCCCCCAGCACGUCUCGACCGUCCCACAAUUGCGCUCNUCCCCUCCGCCCAUGACACAACAACAGCAACAACAGCAGGCCCAGCAGCAGCAGUAUGGCUACGCCCCUUCCAACUAUGGCCAGCCUCCAUUUGGCGGCUUCAUCAACGAUCCCACCGCCCAGAUGGGCUUCCAGAUGGGCAAGACGGCCGUCGCUGCUGGUCAGGAGUACAUGGAACAAAACGUUCGUCAAGACACUGUACCAUAUUAUCAAGAAGACGCACUGAUGCCCUCUCAGUUCAACCGCUAUGUCAAUGUCUCGGCCAUGAAGCAUUACUUCAACGUCUCGAACAAAUACGUCGUCAACAAGCUCUUUAUAGUCCUCUUCCCCUGGCGCCAUCGUCCCUGGUCGCGCCAACAGCAGCCCAUGGCCGCCAGUGGCCAGUCCGGUCCCAUGUUCCUGCCNCCUCGCGAAGACAUAAACAGUCCCGACAUGUACAUUCCCGUCAUGGCCUUUGUCACCUACAUUCUCCUCUCGACCCUCCUCGCAGGUCUGCAAGGCGCUUUCCGUCCAGAGUUGCUCGGCCUGACUGCUACCAACGCCUUUGCUGUUGUCAUCAUCGAGCUUCUGCUUCUUAAGCUCGGUACCUACCUCUUGAACAUUUCAAACGAGUCUCAGUGGCUGGAUCUGGUCGCUUAUUCUGGCUACAAAUUCGUCGGUAUCAUCUUCACCAUUGCUCUGGCCACCAUCAUGACAGGUGGUAAAGGCACCGGUGGUUAUGUUGGCUGGUCCGUCUUUGCCUACACUUAUCUGGCCAAUGCCUUCUUCCUCCUCCGUUCACUCAAAUAUGUCAUUCUCCCGGAUACUGCCUCGGGCGCCCAUAACCCCAUCGCCCGCUCGCAAAGAACCAAGAGGACUUACUUCCUCUUCGUCUACUCGUAUAUCAUCCAGCUGGCUUUCAUGUGGUGGCUGAGCAGCUUGUAA